UCAACUAUUACACACGAGAGUAAAUAUGUAAAUAUGUAUCUCUCCGUCUCUACGAUGUAUGAUUGUAUGUAAAUACAUGCUACACGGUACACAACGUAUACUCUGUUUAAAAAAAAGUUAUAUAUAUUAUAUUGUUACACUAUCCCGGACAUAAUCUAGGUUAUCAGACAGAACACAUAACAGUCAAUGUUAAGUAUACACCUAGCUGCAAUGAGCAUUUUAAGAAGGAUAGCGGUGGCGGCCUUUGUGCUAUCAGCCGCCAUGUUGGUGAAUGGUCAAGAUGAAGUUGUGAAUUAUGAUGAUAUACAAGCGGAUGAAAUAGUUGGUGGGUCCAUCGCCGAGGCACCUCUGGAGUUUAUGGCUUCAAUUCAAGAUCCAUUGUUUGGCCAAUUUUGUGGAGGCUCUGUUAUCGAUUCUACCCAUAUUUUAACUGCCGCACAUUGUCUGACUGACUAUAUAGAGAAGGACACAGUACAGACGUUAAGCGUUUGGCUAGGGGGCAUGAACUUUCUCAACACGUCGUCAUUUACAGUCAUUAUGGUAGAAUCGGCCUCAGUACACCAGCUAUAUCAGACAAUUAAUAGCAAUGACUUUGAUAUUGCCAUUCUAACGCUUGCGGAGCCCACAACUAUGACGCCCAUACAGCUAGCAUACAACGAAAGCUUUGAGGAACCUGGACUUGUCGGUACAAUCGCUGGAUGGGGAGUGUUGGACGAGAGCGACUUCGUUCCGCCGCCGUCGCUAUACAUUGCUGAAGUGCCGAUUGUUUCUGAUGCGGACUGUUUGAAGUCAUCUGGCGAUGCUUUAGAUAUCGACACCAUGGUGUGUGCUGGCUACGAAGCCGGGGGCGUGGAUGCUUGCCAGGGUGAUAGCGGGGGCCCACUUUAUAUGACUUCAGACAACGGAACCAUCUACCAAGUGGGGAUUGUUAGCUUUGGCUUUGGCUGUGCCAACGCUGGCGAGUACGGUGUAUAUAGCAGUGUGCAACACUUUUUACCGUGGAUCAGAAAUACUAUUGAAGGAGUGACUGCAGACACACCUGAGGAGGACAUGACAGAGCAACAGAGAGAAGACUCUGCCUCAAUACAAACAAACAUGCGCGAAUACAAAGCAAACGAAGACGAGGAGUCCAAUUCUAGCUCGGAUACUAUAAUCAUUGCCCUCAUAGUCGUGGGCGUGUUGGGAUUGUUGGGGGUGGCGGGUUAUUUCGGCUACAGUAAAUGGCAGCAUUACCAACGCAGGCGUAGGCUUAUGGGGUACAGUUCGUCCGAACUGCCAGUUGGUGAGAGCACGACCGAAUUAAUGUAUUAGUGGCUGGCCACAGUUAAAACAAUGCGGAAGCACAGAGAGUGGGCUGGAACUGCGCUUUGAGUUAUGAAUAGUAUGAAAUAAUAAAACUGAUAACGAUUGUUAAUCCUUUAAAAACC